AUUAAAUUUUAACCUUCUGGAGGGGGAGGGGGAACUGGAACAUUCCUGGGAUCAUUCCCGGAUUUCUCCUGAUCCCAAAAAUCCCAAAGAAUUCCCCAAAAAAAUCUCGGGAUGGACGAGGAGGAGCUCCAGGACGACCUGCACCAGUUCCCAGUGUUCCCGUGUGGGGUGGAUUCCCCGGAAUGGGAAUAUUUCUCCGGGCACUGUUAUUAUUUCUCGCUGGCUCGGCUGAGCUGGGAGCGGGCGCGGGAGCAGUGCCGGGAGCGUCGGUCACAGCUCGUCGUGGUGGGUGGCUUUGCUGAGCAGCAGUUCCUGAUGUCGCGGACCCGGAACGAGCGAUUCUGGAUCGGCCUCACGGAUCAGAAUUCCGAGGGAAACUGGGAAUGGGUGGAUGGCACCGAUUCCCGAUUUUUUCCCAGGUUUUGGCGGGAGGGGGAGCCCAACGACAGCGGCAGAAACGAGGAUUGUGCUCACCUGUGGACCUGGGGCCAAUGGAACGACGUGCACUGCACCUUGGAGUGCUUCUUCAUUUGUGAGAGACCCCUGGCACCAAAAUAAAAAUAUAAUAAAAUAAU